AUGGCUUGGAGAUCACGAGCAGAAGUCGCCACCAAGGCCGCGUCAUCGGCAAAAAGAAGACAGUCUGCAUAUAAGUCCUUGCGAAAGCGUUCGGCCUUGAGGAGCGAAAUUAUGUUGAAAAGCUUCCCAUCGGCCCGCGUAUGCAGGAUUUUUAGAAGCAGUGCGAAAACUAUACCAAAGAGGAAUUUGAAGCAGUUGUACGUCAGAGUUCGGUCAGCGUUGUGUUUGGUGAAUAUAUACUCUUUAACAUGUCGGUCUGUUUGUCAAUACGCGUCGCAGCGCGGCACCGAGAGCAACUGUUGCAGUCGCUCGCCACCAGACUGGAAUAAUUUUGACAUCGAUCGUGUCUGUUUUGGCGUCAUAUCCCGACGUAAAGGAUCAAUUGCAAUGAUGGAGACCGAAACAAAAGUUGUGGAUGGACAAGAAAAAACGAAAGAAGACACUGAUCCCAUAACUAAAUCAAUAGGAGCUUUUGGCAAAUGGCAAUUUUGGAUAUGUGUCAUUGUAUUUCUGGUCAAAUUUCCUGUGGCUUGGCAUCAGAUGAGCAUUAUAUUCCUUUCUCCACCGAUGAACUUUACAUGCUCGAGCUCUGAACCUGGAAAAUUUGAUAAUGUGUGCAACGCUAGCUGUUCUAAUUAUGUAUACGACCAUUCUGUCUUUCAAGAAACCAUCGUAUCACAAUGGAAUCUCGUUUGCGAGAGACAGUGGUUGAAAAAUCUUACUCAAACUAUUUUCAUGCUGGGGAUCCUUAUUGGCAAUAUGAUGUUUGGACAUCUAUCUGACAGAUAUGGACGUCGCCUGCCGUUCCUUGCGGCAGUGUUUCUCCAACUCAUUUCUGGUGUAGCAACUGCGUAUUCCGUGGACUGGUACAUGUUCACGGCCCUUCGAUUCUUCCUUGCGGUUGCUACUGGAGGAACCAUGGUAACCAGCUUCGUCCUCAUCAUGGAACUAAUCGGCACCAAGUACAGAGACACUGUUGGCAUCCUCUACCAGAUACCGUUCAACUUGGGUCACCUUACGUUACCGCUGUUCAGUUACUAUCUUCGAGAUUGGAGUACAUUCCAACUGGCAAUAUCACUACCUUCCAUUCUCUUCUUGAGCUACUUCUUUUUAUUACCUGAAUCACCAAGAUGGCUUUUAACUUCAGGCAAAGCUGAAGAAGCGGUAAAAAUUAUGACUACCGCUGCUAUGAUGAACGGUCGACCCACAGAUAAUAUAGCCCAAGUGGCUCAAAAGAUGAAUGUUGAAAUAAGCGGGAAACAAGAGGAGCAUGCGUCUUUCAUCGAUCUUUUCCGGACACCAAAGCUGCGAGCGCGUACCAUCGCCAUUCUAUACAACUGGUUCGUGUGCGGAUUAUGUUUCUUUGGAGUUUCGCAGUACAUAGGGCACGUCUCCGGCAAGAUAUUCACUAACGUUGCUAUUUCUGCAGCUAUACUGGUUCCCGGCACCAUCAUAUCAAUCUACACUAACAGAAUUCUUGGUCGGAAAAUCACGUUGGUCUGCGCCAACUGCAUUACAGGAUUCAGCUGUCUCCUCAUAAUCUUUGUACCACAAUCGGGCGCCGGUCACCUUACGCUCGGUUGUAUUGGGUUAUUCGGAUUGAGCAUUUCAUUUGCUACGGUAUAUUUAUACGCAGGAGAACUGUUUCCAACCGUGGUGAGAAACGCGGGCGUAGGGCUCUCAUCCACGGCUGCCAGAAUAGGAUCAAUGGUAGCCCCUUUUGUAGCUACUCUAUCCAACACUAGUUCUUGGCUACCACCCUUAGCCUUUGGAAUAGUUCCUCUAAUAGGCGCUGUUCUUUGCAUUUUACUUCCGGACACUCGAGGCAGAAAACUGCCUGAUACUUUAGCAGAAGGUGAAAAGCGAAAGUUAUUUGAUUUAGCAACAAACAAUAAAGUUAAGACGUACGUUACAAAUAUUGAAAAAAGAAUUUGUGUCAGUGAUUGUAAAUAUCAAAUUAAACAAAGGCGAUCAAAAUGGAUGAAGAUCCUAUAG